AUCUGUCAAACUGUAAGGAUGGUGAAAGAAUCCGCCAACGGUGAAGUUUAUCACCCUCCGGCAGGGGAGAAGAAACUGAAAGUCGGCUUUGUGGGACUGGACCCCGGGGCUGCGGAGACGAGCCGAGACGGGGCACUUCUUAUCGCCGGUUCCGAGAGCACAAAACGGAGCAGCAUCCUGUGCAGACCGAGGUCCAGCAUCUCCAGGGGCAGGAUCGCUCACAAAAGAAACGCACGUUAUCGCAGACUGCAAAAUUUCCUUUACAAUGCGCUGGAAAGACCCCGCGGCUGGGCGUUCAUUUACCACGCUUAUGUGUUUCUGCUGGUGUUUUCCUGUCUGGUUCUGUCAGUGUUUGCAACGAUCAAAGAAUACAAGAAAAGCUCUGAGAGUGCCUUGUACAUCCUGGAAAUUGUGACAAUCGUGGUGUUUGGUGUGGAAUAUAUUGUGCGGAUUUGGGCAGCCGGCUGCUGCUGUCGCUACAGAGGAUGGAGAGGAAGGCUGAGAUUUGCACGCAAACCCUUCUGUAUCAUCGAUAUCAUGGUCCUUUUUGCCUCGGUGUCUGUGCUGGCCGCUGGCUCACAGGGAAAUGUUUUUGCCACCUCUGCCAUUCGGAGUUUGAGGUUUCUUCAGAUCCUUCGAAUGCUGCGAAUGGACCGCCGCGGUGGCACAUGGAAGCUCCUGGGAUCUGUGGUUUACGCACACAGCAAGGAACUCAUUACGGCGUGGUAUAUUGGAUUCCUUUGUCUUAUCCUGGCAUCUUUCUUGGUGUACUCAGUGGAGAAGGAUGAAAAUGCAGAGAUGUUCGAGACUUACGCUGACGCCCUCUGGUGGGGGCUGAUCACUCUUACAACUAUCGGUUAUGGGGACAAGUAUCCUGUCACAUGGAAUGGGCGUCUAAUUGCUGCCAUGUUCAGUUUGAUCGGUGUAGCUUUUUUUGCUCUUCCUGCGGGUAUCCUGGGCUCAGGAUUUGCUCUGAAGGUUCAAGAGCAGCACAGGCAGAAGCAUUUUGAGAAGCGUCGCAACCCUGCUGCAGCUCUUAUCCAGGCAGCUUGGAGAUUUUAUGCCACAAAUCUUUCCCGUACAGACCUGCUGUCCACAUGGGACUUUUAUGAGCAGACUGUGUCGGUCCCAAUGUACAGACUCAUCCCUCCUGUAAAUCAGCUCGACAUUUUAAGAAGCCUGAAGGGAAAAUCUGGUUUCAGGAAGGACUCACAGCUAGAAGUGACUCCAAGCCGUAAGCCCAGCUUGAAAGAGAAAGGCAGUCCCUCUAAGAGCACCGGGGGGAAGGAAGCCAAGACCCUCAAGCCAGAGGAGGGAGUCAAAGAGAGUCCAAGCAAAGUGACCAAGAGCUUGAGCUUCACAGAGCGGAACAAAGCAAAACACGCUUUCAGAAUGAAAGAUGGGGCUUCUCGGCAGAACUCUGAAGAGGCAAGUCUUCCAGAAGAUUUUGGGGAUGACCGAGGUUUCCACUCUGAGUUUGCGCCAGAUCUGUCUCCGGGACUCAAGGUCACCAUCAGAGCAAUCUGUAUUAUGCGGUUCCUGGUGUCUAAGAGGAGAUUUAAAGAGAGCCUCAGGCCUUAUGAUGUGAUGGAUGUGAUAGAGCAGUAUUCAGCAGGCCAUCUGGACAUGCUGUCACGCAUCAAAAACCUUCAGUCCAGAGUGGAUCAGAUUGUGGGAAAGGGAGCCGUGGCAGGAGAAAAGGACAAGCCCAAAAGCGACACGGAGAUGGCUGAGGACCCAAGCAUGAUGGGACGUCUGAACAAGAUGGAAAAGCAGGUGGGGGCAAUGGACCUCAAACUCAACUUUUUGGUCAGCAUGUACACCACGCAUAUGGGCAUCCCACGAUCUGAGACCGAAGCCCUCCUAGGCUUUAAAAUCCCUUACCCUGCUCCUCCCUACCACAGCCCUGACGAUAAGAGCGAGAAAGCACAGGACGAGAAUAAAAAGAGUGUGUCCCCUGUCCAUCCUGGUCCCAACGGGACUCCCACCAAUAGCCAAUGUCGGCCCUCUACCUCAUGGCAUCAGCUGGAUGACCAUCCCCUCAGUGUGCCUCUCUGGAACAACAGCCGAGGAGUUUCGCCAAUAGGCACUGACAUCCCCUCGCUGUACCGCCUCCCGCCUCCGCCGUUCCAUGAGAUCGGGGACAGCAGCCGCUCACGUAGGUCCAGAAGACCCGUCCAGCAGCAGGUGGCCGUCGAGAGCGACACGUCCUUCUCCAUUCCCUCAGUGGACCAUGAGGAACUGGAGCGCUCUUUUAGCGGCUUUAGCAUUUCUCAGGCCAGGGAAGAGGAUUAUGUACCUCCGGUGAGUCUGGGGCUUUCUGGUGGAGGCGGCGGGACACUGUGCACCAAUUUGCAAAGAUUCAUAUAA